UUUCAACCAACAAAAUCGAACGUCCAACAUCCAUGCAGUGCGUGUGACUGGUGAUUCCGUUUCAUUAGUUUUAAAAUCGAUUCAGCGAAAGAAAAAUGGCCCAAAACUUUGCUGAGGACCAGUACGGCAAAAAGAUCGACCGCUGCCUAACGGACACGCUCAUCAAAUUCGGUGGCGGAUUGGCCCUGGGCAGUGUAUUCUCGCUGCUGUUCUUCAAGCGGCGAGCGUGGCCCAUCAUCAUGGGGUCGGGCUUCGGCGUCGGCAUAGCCUACACCAACUGCGAACGUUCGCUCAAUAGCAAGUAGUGUGGCGGAAAGUAGCGUCAAAAUGGGAUUAGGAUCGGUGCUGCCGCUGCAGAUCUUACGGAAGGGUUGCGGCUUUCUUAAUAAAUAAUGUCUGUAUGUCGCUGAA